UUUUUAACGAUAUAUGUCUUGUAUGGAAUGAUAAUUUAAAUAAAUGCAAAAGAUAGAAAAAUUGAAUUAGCGCGUCAACAAUAAAUCCGAUUGGUUUGUAAUUUACUAAUUACUAGUUAUUAUUAACAAUAAUCGUAAACUACUACUUAUGAUCGUGUAUACAUUUUUCAUGGAAAAAAUUUGAAAAUCAUAUUUUUUUAACAAACAAUCCCUGUUCAUUUUAAAAUGAAACUUAUGUUAAUACAACCAUUUUAUAUGAAUUAAUUAUUCGUUUGAUUCAUUAAGAUGUUUGAAUUAUCCGAUAAUUUCAAUGAAAAGUCUAGAUCUAUGAUGAUUGAACAAAUGAAACAACAGCAUUGUUUCUUACAAUAUGAUAAAGAGAUGAUAUCAAAUUUUUUAAACCUUAUGAAUAUUCAUUAUACAUGGAAUUGUUAUCACAAUAAUAAUUAUAAUAAGGAUUUUGAUAUUAAUAAUAUUCAUGAAAAGUUAACUAUUGAACAUUUGAAUCCUUUCAUGUCAAUCAAUUCAUAUACAGAUUAUCCAUUUUGGUCAUCUAUGUUAAUAUCAGCAGCAACUGCAGCUGGAACGACAACAACUACAUCAGGAAUAAUACCAUUAUCUGCCACAGUAAUGCCAUCAACAAUUAUAUCACCAGUUAAAUCAUUAUCAUCCUUAUCAAUGAUGACAAUUGAUGGUUUACAGAAUGACAUUAGUAAGAUUAAUUAUGAAGAGGACUUUUUUAGUAAAUUACUUAAAUGCACUUUAAUACAAAAUGAAAACUUAUAUUCUAAUGAAAUAGAGCAGUCAAGUUUAUCCUCUUCAUCGUCAUCAUCAUCAUCAUCAUCAUGUUCAACGAAUUCAUCGUCAUCACUGUAUAUGAGUGGAAAGAAAGUCAAUGGAUUUUUUGUUAAAGAUAUAUUAAGCUUUGAUAAACAUAAAGUUAUUCGACGACAGAAGACUGAUGACAGUUUGGGAAAAGAAGUUUUAGUAAGAGGAAGAGGUGAAGAGAAAGAAGAGGAAGUUCAAGGAAUACAUAAUAAAGGCAAUAUAAAUGAAUAUAAAAUUACCAAUUGUACAGAUAUCAGUCAUAAUAAUAUGAAUUAUACUUGUGAUAAUAGUAAAGAGCCUGAGGUCGGAAUUUUACAAAAGAAUAAAUUGAUCAAUAAAUUUGCUGUUGGAUCAGAAGAAGAGGAAGAAGAAGAAGAAGAAAACGACAUUAACAACACUGUUAAUAAUAACAAUAAAAACCAUUUACGAAAGACAUUAAGUGAUGAUGGAAUUAAAUUGAAAUCCAAUCGUAAUCAUAAUAAAAAAUUGGGUUCACGUAGUAGAAUACAUGAACUAACAUCAUCGAAUAAGCUUAAUACCAAUGAUCCAAGUAAAUUACAUCUACCAGCUUGGGUAUUUUGUACCAGAUAUUCCGAUCGUCCAUCGUCGGGUCCAAGAAUAAGAAAACCAAGAAUGAACCGUUCACAUGAUGAACUUAAUUUGAAGCGACCACGUACCUCAUUUACGGUACCACAACUAAAGCGUCUAAGCCAAGAGUUCGAAAAAAAUAGAUAUCUUGAUGAAUUACGUCGAAAGAAAUUAGCUACAGAACUGGAUUUAAGAGAAUCUCAAGUGAAAAUAUGGUUUCAAAAUAAACGUGCAAAAACUAAAAAGGCUUCAGGUGCACAAAAUUGCUUGGCAUUACAUUUAAUGGCUGAAGGACUUUAUAACCAUUCAGUUCGAGUUCGUUCUGACCUAGAAGAAGAUGAAGAAGAUAGCGAUGAUAUGAAUACUUCUGAAUAAGAAUGCAAUAUUAAACAAAAUAAAGGAUAUUUAUAAAAAGAAUUGGUCGUAAAACUUGUAUAUCUUUAUAUCAUUUAUUUCUUUUCACAAUUUUAUUUAUAAUCAUAUUUCAUCAAUAUUCAUUGAAGGACAAUUUUGUCCAUACUUAUAA